AUGAAACUAUACUUUAUCUCGUUUUUUGUUAUAACUGCAAUUUGUGAUCAAAAACAGUACUAUGAAAAGUACGGGAUAAACUUUAAUGAAGAAACCGAAUUCGAAUUUCUUCGCUACGAGAAUUUUCAUUAUGAUGAUGGGCCAAUUGCUACUAUCGAUAGCACAACGUGUGAAGCUGCGAGAUUACUGUGUUAUGAUUACUUAAGAUGCGAUUACAACUGUGAGGAUCGAUUUGUGCCAAAGUGGGGGCAAGAGAGAGAAGUGGAAGAUCGGGAGCUUCCUCUCGCCAACCCUUGUGUUCUGACGCAGUACAAAUGCUACGGAGUUCAAAACCUAGAAAUGGCAAAAUUUUUCAAGAAAGAUUUUUAA